AUGAACUCUCUGUGUAGAUGUAUCAACUGCCUAUUUGAUAAAUCUCCAUUUAUGGUGUUGGAAUCACUUGUAGUUACUUCAAAUUCGAAUAACUCUCAGGAUGUAUGUGUAAAUCGACAAAAUGGUUCGCAUUCAGUUCAUAAUACAUUGAAUAGUCGCCUACCAAGUUUCCAAUCUUUUACCAAUUUCCAUAACAGGAGAUCAUCUAGAAACAGGUCUUCAAGUUCCACGUACAGGUCAAAGAUUCUGAAACGUUGCGGUCGACAAUUGAAACGAUUAAUUGGACGCAAAGUUGCUGUUGAACAUAUCUCUGAAAAUGAUGGCAAUAGUUUACUUUCGAUAAACUCUUAUCAAACUGCUAAUACAAAUCCAUCAGAUUCUUCAACAUGUUUACUCCAAUGUAAAGAAAGGUGCAUUAGUGCGGAAAUCUUGAAAGAUGUCCAAAGCCAGCAAAGCAGAUUAUCUGAAGAAGUCAAUCAAUUGAAACAACAAUUUUUAGAAAUUCAAACUGUUCUAGUAUCUAUUCAGAAUAUUCUAAUGAAUCGAAUUCAUCUCAACUGUUUGCAUACUACUUCAUCAAUACCUCCAUAUCCGUUGAAUCCGUCCAUUUCUUCAUCGAACAAAAACAAUAGUAAUAUUCCAACAUUUUCACCCAUUAUUUCAGUAGUAAAUAGUAACAUGCUGUCUACCAAUGAUGAAAUGGAUUCCUCUUUGAACAAUGUACAUAAAUAUUAUGAUAAUACUGCGUUUAUUCAUAAUCCCUGUAUGAAAUCUGAUAGCGUUGUUUAUCUAACCACCUGUUCAUCACAAAGCCUACCGACAGCGACACCAAUUCACAUAUCUGAAAUCUCUAAACCUCCAGCCAUUCAUACAUCAUUUAUGCCUUUAGAAAUCCUAACAAACCAUUCAUCUGAAAACACCGUUAUUACACCGAGUAUUUCAUCCUCACCUUCAAUUUUAUCUGCUGUUUGUGACUCGAUUCUAUCUCAUAUCCCACUGUCUGUGGUGAAUAAGACUUCAUUGGAUCAUGCUAAUAAUUCAAUCGCCAGUUUACAAACCACUCCUAAUUUGAUAACUUCAGCAAAUUCAACGAAUCAAACACAGUACAUGCCUUUAAAUGAACAAAUCAAUAUGCUGUCAUCAUUCACUUCAACACAAUCUAGUCAACCUGCACCUUAUACGCCUAUUGUAAUUCUAAACUCAUUACAUCCUAACUAUCCACAAACAACUUACUCGUUAACGAUUCCGCCUAGUUCCUUCUCAACGGAAACAGCUACAUCUAAUAUCGUAAUGUCUUAUAAUAACAGCCUACCUAAAUUAAAAAACUCUCAUGAAUGUCAUGGCAGUGACGAAAAGGAUAAUGAAUGCACCUCACUGAAUCCUUCGACUGUUACCAAUGGUAUAGAUGAAAAUAUUGAUCCGCUUGAAAAUAGUCCUACAUCAACUGAUUCGUCUCAACAGCACUUGACAGAUUCAGUUGGACCGUUGAACACAUUUGAAAUUGCUGCAACUGUUCGAGAUCUGCUCACAAGGUAUAAUAUUUCGCAACGGCAAUUCUCUAGGCAUGUGCUUAAAGUGAGUCAUGGGACCGUGAAUGAAUUAUUGUCGAAACCCCGACCGUGGUACAGACUAACAGCACGUGGUCGAGAUUCGUAUAGACGAUUACACGCUUGGAUAUCAGAUCCCAAUAAUGUCAACACUUUUAAAACGGUUCAAAGUAAGCAGAGUGAAAUUACUCAACCAGUACAUGAAGUAUCUAGUUCAGUCAAACAAUCACUACCAGUUCCCGUCUCAGAUCCUGUAGAACUAUCAGCACCUUGUCAAUGGGAACUGCCAUCAACGAAAAUAUCAUCACUGUCUUCAUUUAUUCAACCCAGUAAUAACCUUGAAGGGCAAAAUGUGAUAAGCAGUCAUUCACAUGGAACAGAAUGUACUUAUAAUUUAGAUAAAAAUCAGACAUCUAACUCCAAUCAUCAGCAUUAUCAGUCUUGUAUCGAAGUAAAUACUAACAGUCGUUCAUUAUUAAAAUUUUCAGAACCAAAUCGUUCAGAUGAAAGUGUUUUAUUAAAAGAAGAACAAGAGACUGAAAGACGUGUUAAUCAAAUCUUAUUAGCUGCUAAAGUUGCAAUGGAUCAUGAAAAGCAAAUUAAAACCAGUGGAUUAACUGAGAAGGCUACAAAUGAAUCAGUUAACACUGCAAUAAAACCCCUUUCUUCAAUAUCUUCUGAUUGUCAAGUUGGUGUUUGUAGCCCACCUACAUCUAUAGUUACUGUUUGUGAUUUACAGACUUCCACUUCUGGAGGAGUCAUCAAUUCACUGGUGUCAACUUCAGAUAGUUCACUGAUGAAUGGAAAAAUCAAGGAUACAUUUGUUUCUUCAUGUCAUCUGUCAACUUUUUCCAACAAUUUAUUGAGAUCAACAAGACUUGUUGAAUCGAAUCCUCCAUUGGAUAGUAGUAAUAAUAAUCUAUGUGGAAAUAUCAAUAUGAUAUCUUGUAUACCACCGACUGCAUUGACCCUUCAAAAUAUCGAUCUUAAUUCAACCUAUCCAUCUUUGAAUACGGUUACAAGUUACGAUAAAUCGCCUUCUAGUCAAAUUGGAUCAUCAUCGGUAUGUCCGAACACCAUAGUUCACCCUUCAGAUCCAUCUAUGCCAAAUAUUUCGACUGGAACUACUGUUUCAGAUCUGCUCAGAUUAUUUGCUGCUCAAAUAAAUAAUCAUUCGAUCAAUGUAGAUAAAUCAAUCAAAUCAGAUCCAGGGAUUACUAAUCAAAAUUAUCCUCCUAUCUCAGAAACUCAGUCAAUACUUACAUCAGUGAUUGGAGGACAUAUAGGUGAUUCAAAGCUAUUAGGAAAUAACCAAAACAUUUUGUUCAAUAGUAACAUCCCAUUAUUAGCCAACUUGUCUUCCUCUUUGUCAUCCGAUUGUAAUAACAACACUGUAAACAACUUUACAUCUAUAUAUACAGGAGCUAAUGAGUUUGCAACAUCCAUCUUACCUUCAUCAGUGAUUAGACUGAAUCAACCACCUAUCCCACCAUUAGGCAUAUCUCCACCGUCAAUUUUCCCACAGACAUCUUCAUCGUCUGCGUCUUUACAACAAACUUUAAUGCUAUUAGCGUCAGCGGCAACAGGUGGAGGAGUUCCCUUACAACCAGCCUAUGCAUUAGGCAAUUCUGAGGGUAAUAACGAGAAUCAUUUCAAUUAUUCUGAUCUCAGUGCAAAAACUUCAUCAAACAGUGGUACAGUCAACCAUAACACUUAUGAAAUGGAUGAAAAUCUAUCUGAUUCAAAUUAUUGUCAUAAUCUAUCUUCAUUUCAAAGGAUAGUUCUUCCUCCGUUGAAACAAGAAGAUAUUGAUCGGUAUAGUGAAUUAUCUACUGAGGUGGUAACUCAACGAACACGUUCCAUGCUUUCACAGUAUUCUAUUAGUCAGAAGCUUUUUGGUGCACAUGUACUCGGCCUUUCUCAGGGAAGUGUUUCAGAUUUACUAACUCGACCGAAACCAUGGAAAUCGCUCACACAGAAAGGUCGUGAACCGUUUAUACGAAUGCAAUCAUUUUUAGACAAUCCUGAUAGUGUGAUAAAAUUGUUACAAUCAUCUGCUGUCUCCUCACAAUUAUCUGCUACGCAAAAGGCGUUUCUCAGUACAACAUUAUGUAUACCUGAGUCUACAGGUAAUAGUACUAAUAGCGCGUAUAUCCGAUCAAACACUAAUAUUCCUCCUGAGUUUAUGAUGGAUCAAGAUCGUUUCACUUGUCAAACUGAUCUCAUAUCUUCACGUGACAAUAAUAACAGUAUGCCAGUAUUGACAACAUUUAAAGUUAUGGAUAAGUCAGAAAUGUCAAAAUCAUUUCCGCUAGGCACAUUCCAGAGUGAAAAUAUACAAUCCAAUCAAACCGAGUUAGAAGUCAAUACAGAUAUGCAUACACAGCAGUAUCAUUAUCGACAACAACAACAACGAUGUAUUGAUCAGACAAUGAUGACACCAACAACACCUACAUUUUCAUUAUAUGAUUCACAGUCGUACUGUGGACAAACAGUCAAUUGUUCAGUGUUUGAACCAAUCACAAGUCCAUCCGGUUCACCUACACCGAAUUCUAUAGUUCAAAAUGAAUACGGUAGUGAGAAUGAAAACACCUUUUCUUUAGGUAGUAGUAGUUAUACUAACAAUCAUAAUGAUGAUAAUAUCACUCAAAAUUCUAAUUUUUAUCAAAGACCUUCAUCAAAGAAAGUUAUAGAGUUGGCAACAUCGAUUACAGAUUUGGAUACAACAUCUAUGUGCAGUAGAAUAAAAGAGCUUUUACAACGGCAUUCGAUACCACAACGAUUAUUUGGUGAUGUUGUCCUGGGCAUGUGUCAAGCAUCUGUAAGCGAUAUUCUGUCGAAAACUCGUCCUUGGUCACAGCUAUCUAAUAAAGCAAGAAUACCUUAUGUACGUCUACACUUAUGGUUACAAGAGCCUCAUCAUCUGGAAAUGUUGAAGGCUGCUCAAAUAAAUGUAAAAUCUGCCACACGUCCCAAUAAUAAUAAUAAUAAUAAUAAUUCGAAGGUGAUUGACGGAUUUCCAACAAAUUCAUUAAAUGAAACAUUUUCAUGUAAUAACAAUGUAUUAAGUUCACAAACAUCAGAUUCAUUCAAUGGGCAGGUGUCAUCGACUAAACUGGAUCCACAAUUACUUCUUGGAGUAUCCCCAGACAUAGACAGUAGAUCACAACCGCAAUUGUCAUCAUCGUCAUCAUUAUUAUCAAUGAAGGUGACAACAACAUCAGCAGUGAUAAACACCACCACUAUUACUACUACUACUACUACUACUACUACUACUACUACUACUACUGCCACUCCUGCUGCUGCUUCAUCAACUCGUAAACGUGUUCCAUCUUUAUCAUUAAAUCAAGAAAGUUGUAUAAAUUCACCUAAUUCUUCGAAUAAAAAUUGUAAAUUAUUAAAAAUCGACUCAUCUCAACUAAUAUUACCGUCACCAAAUAAUAAAUCAAAGCAAACAACACAUUCAUCACAAGCACCAAUAGACGAAUUGAAUGAAUAUGAACGUCAGAGUUUAUUUGAUAUCGCUAAAGCUGCUACAGCAGCAAUGCUAUUAGCAUCCAAUUCGAAUAAGAUCAAACCAAAAGUUCCUAUAUCACCUGUUCGUAAUAUUAAAAGAAAUAGUACUAACAUGAAGUAUAGUAAAGUAAUAACUCCAAAUAGUAAAUUUAUUGAUACCUCAAAAAGAAAUCUACAUCAAGGUAUUAGUGCAUCACAGAAGAAAGUGUUAAUAUCAGCGUGUAGAAAUCAGUUAAAUUUAUCAUCUACACAGAUAAUGAAAUCACUUGCUCAAGAUUUAAGUCUUCCUUAUAAAACGGUUUAUAAUUGGAUACAUGAUUAUCAAACAAGUGACCGAGCAAAAAGUCGAAUGGAAACUGAAAGUGAUUCAGACGUAGAACGUGUGAGUGAUCAUUCCAUUGAAGCAUCAAAUAAUGAUAAAUCAUCCGCUAACUUUACUUCUGAUGAAAAAACAAUAACAAUCCAACCAUCAUCCAAUAGAAGUAUACAUAAACAAACACAAAAUCGACGUAAACCAGUGAACCCUACUAGAUUAGCAGCUUGUGCAGUAGUCAAUUCACCUAAUAAUUCUUUACAUGAUAGUCUAACCAAUAAAAAAGAACAUGGAAGUCCAGUAGUCCCCGUGACAUAA